AUGAAUAAACCUAAACGAACACCAACAUUAGAUUCAUUUGUUAUUAAAAAACCUAAAAAUACAUCAAUAAUAUCAUCAGAUCCAAAUUUAAAUCAAGAUGAACAAGCAACAAAAAAUGUUACAUCAUAUGGUAAUAUCGUCAAUGUCAAUCAACAUAUUAAUAUUGAUAAUGUAAAUGAAACAACAACACCACUUGUUAGUCUUGAAAAUAAUCUGUUAUCUAUUCAAGACAAUCAUCGUAGUUUAACAAAUUCAACAGUUUUGGAAGAACGUUGUCUUUUAGUGUCUUCUAUUUGUUCUAGUGGAGGUGAUGAUGAACGUAUUGAUAUUAGGGUUCAAACAUCAAAUUAUGAUUAUGGUAUUUGUGAAAAAGAAAAUGCAGGUGGUCGUUCCGCAGUUGCAUCAACAGGUAUUAUUGGUUGUGAAAAAUUAAUUAGUAAUCUUUUAUCUUUGAAAAAAGCUAAUGAAAAUAUUGAUAUUCUUUUAACAAUGUUUAAAUCCACAAAUAAUUCAAAAGAAUUAUGUGCACACGAAACAUAUUCAUUUUCUGAUGAUGUAUUAAAAAUUGUUAGUGAUCUGAGAGUAUAUUGUGAAACAUAUCUGCUUGAAUGUGUUAAUAAUCGUCCUCUUGUUUCCAAUUCAUUACCAACAUAUUUACAAAGAGAUCCUGGUGCUUAUCCAAAUUUACCACGAUUUAGUAGUGAUGAAUUGAAGCAUCUCAUUGCACUUGGACCUUAUCAACCACGUCUCUCAACAUAUCCUAAAUUAAAAAGAACGAAAAAAGAUGACAAUGGUGAGAUAAGUGUAGAGGUAGAUUUGAGAAAAACAACAAGUUUUCAAGCUAGAUGGUAUGUUGAUUAUCCAUUGAUUGAAUAUAGUAUUUUAAAAGAUCGAGUCUAUUGUUUCGUCUGUCGUUUAUUUGGGCAUGGCCCAGGAGCACUUUGUGGUGAUCCUGCUUGGACAACUAAUGGAUUGCAACAAUGGACUAAGAUGACAGGGAAAGAUGGUAAAUUGAUUAAACAUUUUCAAUCGAAUGUACAUAUUUCUGCUCAUCAACGUUUACAAAUGUUUAAAAAAGAAGAUUCACAUGUUGAUAUUCAACUUGAUAAAGAACGUAUUUUUGUUAAUCAUCAUCGACAAGAAUUAUUAAAAUUAAAUCGUUAUAUUAUUUCAAGUCUUCUUGAUGCAACAAAAUUCUUAGCACGUCAAUCAUUAAGUUUUCGCGCUGAAGUUGAAUCCGAAGGAAACUUCAAUCAAAUUGUUUCAUUAUUACGGCGUUAUAAUAAUACAAUUGAUCAAUGGUAUAAAGAUAAAUCUACAAGAAGCUAUCGAGUUACUUAUUUAAGUAAUGAUGCUCAAAACGAUUUUAUAUCAAUUAUUGGUAAAGCUGUACAUGAUUCAAUUAUCAAUCGUUUAAAUAAAAGUUUAUUUUGGUCUGUAAUGGUUGAUAGUACACCCGAUAUUUCUCAUAAAGAUAUGAUGUCAAUCAUCGUUCGAUUUGUUAAUGAAGAUGAUCAAGCUGAAGAAAGAUUAUUAAGUAUUCACGAAAUAAAAAGUAAAACCGGAAAAAAUAUAGCUGAUAAUAUGCUACAAGUAUUUGCUAAACUUGGUCUUGAUAUUAAUAAGUUAAUAGAUAAGUUUUGA